AAAAUAUACUGAAAUGGAUGACUCCAAUGACGAAUUCUACGAAGAAAAAGCAACAACAAACUGAAAUCAACAAAACAAGUUUAUACAAAAAAAAAGAAUACUUUUCUAAAAACAUGAAGGAACCAUUAACAAAGAACUACAUCGCCAAUAAGGAAACACAACACCAACAACAAAGAAAGUACACCAAAAUGGAUGACUCCAAUGACAAAUUCCACAAAGAAAAAGCAGCAGCAAACUGA